AUGUCUCUCUACCGUAUUGGCGUUGAUGUGGGCGGCACCAACACGGAUGCCGCCAUCCUUGAUAUCAGGGCGGCUGACAGCCCGGGCCGAGGUGUUCUUGCUUCACACAAGGCCUCGACAACCCCAGAUAUCACCAGUGGUAUCGAGUCUGCCAUCCGCGCUGUGCUGCAGGAGUCGCAAGUCGACCAGACUCGCGUCUUGAGCGUCACAAUAGGAACUACGCAUUUUAUCAAUGCACUUGUCGAGGCUGACGCGAGGAGGCUAGAUCGUGUCGCUGUUGUACGUCUUUGCGGGCCCUUUGCUAGACAGAUUGUGCCGUUCUCUGACUUUCCUGUUGGUCUUAGAACCAUCCUUGACGGGGGUGCGUACUAUCUCGAUGGCGGCCACGAGAUCGAUGGUCGUGAGAUAGCUCCCUUGAACCCUGAGCAGAUCCGCCAAACAGCCAGGGAUGUCGUUGCUUCUGGUGUCAGGGUUAUCGCCUUGGUUGGCAUCUUCUCCCCUCUAGACCAUGAAGGUGCUCACGAGGAGCAGUGCAAGCGCAUUCUGCUCGAAGAAGCGCCAGAUCUCCACGUCGUGUGUUCGCAUGAUAUCGGCCCAACUGGCUUGUUGGAGAGAGAGAAUGCCACUAUCCUCAACGCUGCCAUCUUGCGCACUGGCCAUAGGGUAAAGAGGGGGUUUCAGCGUGCCAUGAGGCGACUCAACCUCUCAUGCCCGCUGUACCUCUCGCAAAAUGACGGAACACUCAUUGACGCCGACACGGCUGCUGAGUACCCAAUCAAGACAUUUGCCAGCGGACCAACCAACAGUAUGACUGGCGCUGCUUUCCUCGCUGGCAUUGAUCAUCAAAAGGAGGCCCGGAAGGACAACAGCCCCUCAUCCGACCAGGAACAGGAACAGGCACAACUUCUUGUCGUGGACAUUGGAGGUACGACCACAGAUGUGUGCGCUCUCCUUCCUUCUGGCUUUCCUCGCCAGGCGCCUGGCUUUGUCGAGGUCGGCGGGGUGCGAACAGCAUUUUCCAUGCCUGAAGUCGUUUCCAUCGGGUUGGGUGGAGGAAGCAAGGUUCGUGUGGCUGAGGAUGGCUCUGUCACCGUCGGCCCAGGUUCUGUUGGCCACUACCUCAAACAGGAAGCCAAAGUAUUUGGUGGACAAACCCUGACGACCAGUGACAUUAUUGUCGCUUUGGGUAAAGCCGAGCUGGGUGACAGGGGCCUCGUACAAGAUGUCACUGCCUCGGUUGUUGAAAACGCACGGAAAGAAAUAAAGAGGAUGCUGGAAGGCGUCAUUGAACAGAUGAAGGUUUCCGCUGCUCCUGUUCACGUCCUACUGGUCGGAGGCGGUGCUCUCCUGGUUACAGAAGACUUGGACGGCGUAGAAAAGUGUCUGCGUCCCAUCCAUCAAGGGGCCGCCAAUGCUGUUGGUGCUGCCAUUGCGAAAGUUUCGGGCGAGAUCGACGUCGUGGAAAUCCCUGAAGGGCGUUCUGAGAAGGAAAUGAUUGACGCUGCCUCCAAAAAGGCUAUUGACCUGGCAAUUGAGAAGGGCGCCGCCCCUGAAGAUGUCCAGAUCGUGGAAAUAAAUAAGAUGCCCUUGCAGUACAUGCAUAAUGGUGCCACGAGGAUCCAGAUUCGGGCUGUUGGCCGCCUGUCCAUCCCGGAUGACCUCGUUUUUCCCUCAUCAACCCUAGUAGCCGAGGCUGAGAGUGAUGUUGAAGAAGACGAGGGCCAAAAAAUCAGUGUCGCCGACGCUCUGACACCUACCACCAAACCAUCUCUUAGAAUUGAUUUGGAGACCUAUCGACCGGAGGUACGAGAUGGCGUCUGGUACGUAUCUGAAGUUGAUCUGGAGAUGUUCGCCACAGGUUGUGGUGUACUGGGAACUGGUGGAGGCGGGCCUACGCACCACGAGUUCCUCAAGAGUUUACAAGCCCUGCGAUCUAGUCCCCAAGGCAAGAUGCGGAUUAUUUCUCCAAAGUCGCUUAAGGAUGAUGACACGGUUUGCUUUGGCUCCUGGUAUGGCAGUCCAAGUGUGAUCAAUGAACGCAUCGCGGGAGGCAAGGAAAUUGCCACAGGUAUCGAGGCUCUUAACAAGGUUCUUGGUAACAAGACUUUUGAUGGCCUUUUUAUCGACGAAAUCGGAGGUGGCAAUGGAAUGAGUGUUUUCCCUUCCAGCGUUUACUUUGAUGUUCCUGUCAUUGACGGUGAUGCCAUGGGCAGAGCCUAUCCUACCAUGUAUCACGCAAUAUUUAGUGUUUACGGGUACUCGCUCACGCCGUGCGCCCUCUCUGAUGCUCGGGGGAACACCUCUAUCAUCAUGAAUGUCGAUAAUCCUGUUCGAUUAGAAAGUCUCCUGCGAACGUCGGCUAUCGAGCUUGGCCUGGGCUGUGCGGUGUGUGCCAACCCACUGCCAGGAUCGACCAUCAAAUCUUGUGGUAUCCCCAACACGUUAUCUCUGGCAUGGUAUCUUGGCCGCGCUGUUCACCUCGCUCGGCGGAAGAAGACCAGCUACGUCGACGCCAUCUUUGAUGUAUGUGCUGGAAAGCUUCUCUUCACAGGUAAAAUUAUCGACGUCCGCCGCUUCAUUGGCGGGGGUUACACCAUGGGAUCUGUGAUUAUCGCGCCCCUCAGUGAAGACGACCGCGAGUCUUCAAGCUCCAAUCAGACUAGCCAGACAGUGCCCACGGAUAGGCACAUGAUCAUACCCUUCCAGAAUGAGUAUCUGUACGCAGCUCUCACUGAUCCAGUGGCAAAUGGAAGCGAGAAGGCAGCAGAAGAGGUUGUUUGCACAGUCCCUGACCUGAUUUCGAUUCUUGGCCAAGAUGGCGAAGCGAUCGGGUCUCAGGAUCUACGUUACGGACUGAGAGUUAAUGUCAUUGCGUUACCAGCACACCCGCUUUGGAAAACGGAGAAGGGGAUGAAGGUUGGUGGUCCGGAAGGAUUUGGCUUAAAGAUGGCGCCUGUGGGAUUGGGCGAUGGAUUCGCUGAGUCAAGGAGUGUUAUUGAUGAAUAUGGUGUAUAA